AUGGAUAAUACCGCCAACAUUCUCAUUCUUGGUCAUUCAUUUGUGAGGCGUUUACAGACAUUCCUCACCGAACAUCACGAUAGGCGUGCCGCUCACAACAUGAACUUGCCUCACGAAAAUAUAUCUUUUCUAGGCAUCGGCGGUAGAACCGUCUCUAAAAUACUGUCCUUUGAUUUGGACAAAAUUAAGGCCUUUCAGCCAAAGGUUAUCAUUUUAGAACUGGGAACUAAUGAUUUGUGUGUAGAGGGGCAGCGCCCCGAAUCUGUUGGUUCAGAUAUUGAACAUUUAGUUCAAGUCCUCCAUGAUCACUGUGGAGCAGACUUUAUAAUGGUAUGCCUAGUCAUUUACCGGUCUGCUAUUCCUCCACACGUUCCCGAUUUCAGCCACAAAGUAGACCUUCUCAAUAAAUAUCUCAAAGUGGUCCUCGAACCACUCCCUUAUGCUGAAGCGUGGAGCCAUAGAGGGCUUCAAAGCCCAUCUAUUGCUGUUUUAUGCCGAGAUGGCGUUCAUUUGAACGCAGCGGGUAACUAUGCUCUUUAUCGUAGCUAUAGGGGAGCCAUUCUAUUCGCCUUGAAGAAGUUAGCCACUUUUUCUGAGGCUCAGUGACAGAUUCCAACUUGUCUAUCCAGUCAUGCAUUCUACUUUCGUUAUAACCGUCCUUUAUGGCGGACAGGAGAGCUUUAUCUUUUGUUAUAAGAUAUUGUAUUUAUUUUACGGACCGGUUCCUCUUUCCGGCGCUUUAGCAUGUUCAAUGCGGCGUCUCCAAUUUGGAAAUUGCCAAACAUGCUGCCGAUUUUUCUUUUAUUGCCGGUUCCGUUUUUUCUCUCUCCAAUUUAUAAUUUGAGCAGAAUGCUACUGGAUUGGAAACCCCCCACCUCCCUCCCCACUCACUCUUUCACUAUUUUAUCUCCCAUACCAACGCCUUAGGCUUAUUUAUUCAAGUUCCUUUGCUUGCGGUCUAGAUUUGCUUGAAAUUAAACCAUAUUUCACGAUGAUGACUAGAGGAAAGCGAAGUUCUACUGCAACAGCCUCCAGCACACAAGUUAAACGCCCGAGGGCCAUGGCCAGCAGUACAUCUCGCCCAACCAAGUCCAAGAGGCCCAAGCAGACCUCUCGAGUACACGCGGCUCCUGCUCUCAACCCGCCCGAAGUGCCGCACCCAAGCGAACUUUCCCGAGAGCCGGCGAUCAGUGGGCCAUCCUCAGUCUCAAGUCCCGCGGCCUCGAGUUCAGUGGUCUGUCAGAAUAUGGUUUCAAGCAUCACGAGUGCUAUUUCUUCGGCUGUACUUGAAAGCCUGAAGUCCGCAGGAAUAAUCCCUCAAGAGCCAGUACAGACAUCCGACCCUGCUGCUGCUGUACAGGGGUCAGUAGCGCAGGUUGUUCAAGACCUAACUGGUGAGGGCCACACUUUAACUUCUACCUCCAUUACUAGCGGGCCAGAGACCGACCACAGGCCCGAUAAAAUCCAUACCUUAAUUUCCGUUCCACUCUCGAGUAGAGUUCCGGACAAAACUCAAUCUAAAAUAUGGGCAAACGAAUAUAUCGAUCUCGGAACUCUUCUAUCGUCCUUGCCAGGCGAUCCCAAAUACAACUUCACGGUAAAAUCAUCUGGAUCCAACCAGCCUGUGGUCAGUCUCGAACCCGUCCAAAACUCUAAGCGCAUUACUAGCAUCGAUCAAUGGACUACCGCAUUUCAGGUUUUUGUUGCCGUCUAUACCAUCCGAUUUCCGGACAGCGCUCCCGGAUUAAUGAAAUAUAGUGCAACAGUGCGCGAUCUGGCGGCAAAAAACGCUCAUUGGCGUUAUUAUGAUGAAAAUUUUCGCUAUUUACGUCAAAAAUCUCUUUUCCCUUGAGACGAAGUGCAUUGGGAAUUGUGGUUGCAGGCGCACCACAUGACCAAACUUUCAUCCUCAAACAAUCCGCCUAACUCGUUUAACCGGCAAUCAAAGCAGCCCUUUCCGCGAGGAUUCUGCUGGAAAUUCCACCAAGGUGAAAGAUGUUUUGGGUGUAAUUACAAACACGCCUGCUUUAAAUGUGGAGGCGAUCACCCUGCCACAAAAUGCAAGUCGGGAAAACCAACUGUCGCCACCUCUCGCACUGUCGCAUCCAGUCCAACUACCAACACCAGUCAAAAUAAAUAG